AUGCCUGUGGCUGCUGCGGCACUAUGCGAAUAUUACGGCUACCUGCCGAGGCUUGUCCGCCGUACGGCGCGACUUCCACCGACACGCAUCUCCGCAGCUUCACCGAUUGCCCCGACACCGUUGCACUCGUCCCUCUACGAUGCGAACCCUCCUACCAUGCAGAAUGGCGAGGUCGAGCACCCUUCCACCUACUCACUGCGCAACGCGUUGGUGUAUAACAUCGCUGAGUUGCCACCCAAGCCGGUCUCAUCCUUGCGUCUAGUCAUUAUCAGUGACACCCACGAACGGCAUCGCGAGAUGAAUGUUCCAAACGGCGAUGUGCUUGUGCACUGCGGCGACAUUCAGGAAGGUUUGAACUUUGUGCGGGACGUCAAAGCGAUGCUGGCCGACUUUGCUGCCUGGUUCACGGAUAGCACGUUGCACCCGCACCCAGUGAAGUUGAUCAUUGCGGGCAAUCACGACAAGGCCAUUGCUGCAAUGUCUACGGAAGAGGUGCGCCGACUCUUUGCACCUGCUGUGUAUUUGUGUGACGACAGUGUGGUGGUGGAGCCUUCCGGUGUGCGCUUCUACGGCUCACCACGCUCCAUCUCGAACUCUUGCUGGAGCCCCAAUACAGCAUAUCAGGACAAAAAGGCGUGGAAGCCCUUCAUGUUCGCCUCGGUACGAGAAAAUGAUGAUCCCACAGGCUUGUCCACUGCUCCUCGAUGCUCGUCAGAGCAGCAUCUUUGCACGCGGCUUGAAGGUGCCACUCCAGGUGGUUCUGUUGAUGUCUUGAUUGUUCACCAAAGUCCAGACAUACCCAGGGGCUGCCAUAGUGUCGAGGAGCAGCCAAUUUGCACUUACGCUCAACAGGUAGCGCCGCGCCGCGUGGUUCUUUGCGGGCAUCUCCACGGUGCUCAUGGCAUGCAUUGGCUGCCGGUGCCUGAGGUUGUCCGGAAAUUGUUUUGCGUGGAGACGCGAGAUGGCGGCAGCCAGCCGGAAGGGGUGGCAAGGUCGGAAGAGAUUCCUUUCCUUCCGUGCAUUAACGCCGCCAUGAUGAUGGGCCGCUUUGGCCAGAAUGUGCUGCUGCCUUCGAGCGUCGUGGACCUAGAAGUAUGA